AUGAAGAGUAUCACUGCUUUUGUCAUCCUUGCUGUGGCAGCCACUACAUGGGCUGUCACUCCACCUGCAAUAGGGACAGAGGUGGACUGCACCAAAUACAACAGAAAAAGUGCCAGGAUUGCACGCACAAGGGAAUGGAGACCAUUAUGUGGCAUAGAUCAGAAAACUCACAGUAAUGAAUGCAUGUUUUGUAUGCUAAAUCAGUAA